AUGGAGAAAUCACUAGGGUACGUUGCGUUACCAAAACCUUUGAAAUUUGAUCCGGAGUGUUUUGGUUAUUGGAAAGUUAUGGUCAAGCAGGUCAUCUCAAGUAUCGAUAUGGAAGCUUGGUUUGCUGUGGAGGAUGGCUGGUCACCUCCUAUGGAGAAGGAUGAGGAAGGUGAAUUGGUUCCUAAGCACAGGAAGAAAUGUACAGCCGAAGAAAAAGCAGAAUCUAAACAUAAUUCACAAGCAUUGUCUGUUAUCUUCAAUGUUCUGCCAAGGGGUAUCUUCAGCCAAGUACAUGGAUGUGUGUUUGCUAAGGAAGCGUGGGAUAUUCUGGUUGUCACCUUUGAAGGCACAAGCAGUAUUAAGCGCACCAGACUGGACAAUCUUGCAUCUGACUUUGAAAACCUACACAUGACUGAAAAUGAAUCAGUUGCUGACUACAACAUUAGGUUGAGUGGAAUCGCACAAGAAGCUGUCGUUUUGGGGAAGCAUUACAAAGAUAAGAAGCUGGUGAAAAAAUUUCUCAGAAGCCUACCUGAUAAAUUCCAACCACACAGGUCUGCUAUAGAUGUGUCUCUCAACUCUGAUGAACUCAAGUUUAAUCAAGUAGUAGGGAUGAUGCAGGCUUUUGAACUGCAGCUGAAAAAGAAGGAAAAACUUAAUGAGAAUUCUUUUGCACUCAAGGCUGUGGAGGAACAGAAAGCUGUAGAGUCUCAGGAGGCUGUAGAUGAAGAAAAAGUGGGUUUACUGGUCAAGAAGUUUUUUCGGAAGAUGGAGAGAGGUCAGCGGAAGGGACCAACAUCCUUCGGAAAGACUGAUGCAAAUAAAGAUUUCAGAAAGGGUGACAAACAUGAUCGACAGUGUGCUGAAUGUGAAGGUUACAGACAUUACAGGUCUGAAUGUCCGAACAACAAGCGCAAGAACUCGCUGCAAUGCUAUGGUUGCAAGGGUUAUGGACAUAUCAAGACAGAUUGUCCUUCGCGUGAGAAUAAACAUAAAUUGUACAUCACCUGGAGUGAAAGUGAUUCAGAAGAAGAGGAAGGCAAGGGCAAUAUACUUAACAACUUUGUUGCACUGCUGGGUGUUAUUGAAGAAAACGAAGACGAUGAGAUCCUGAUGGUAGAAGAAGGUGGAAAAAGGGAGGCUGACUCUGACUCAGAUGGAGAGGAAGCAGACUUGUCGGUGGAGGAUCAAAUAGAACUUCUCAUCAAAACUGUAUUGCAGAAAACUAAAGACAACACCGAUCUACUUUCUGAAAGGGAUACACUACAGAUGAAUAUUUCGAUGCUGUCAAAAGAGUUGGAUGAGGAGAAGGCUAAGUCUCUAAGACUUGAGAAACAGUUGGAGGAACAGCUGAAGAAUAUUCGAAUGUUGAAUCAAGGCACUAAAAAUUUGGAUACCUUACUCAGUAAUGGGAGAUCGAACAAUGUGAAGUGGGGACUGGGAUAUCAAGGAGCUGAUGCUAAGGGAAACCACAGAGACAGUUGUAUGCCUCCACCAAUUUUCAACGGCCCGCUCAGAGAUCUGUUCGACUUAGCAGAAGAACAUGAUGUUGAAGCUGAUCAGGCUAAGUGGUACUUUGACAGCGGAUGCUCCAGACAUAUGACCGGUGCCUCUGACAAUUUGUCGCAUGGAGAAGAUGUUGUUGGAGGAAAAGUUACCUUCAGAGAUGGAGGAAAGGGUACUAUUAGGGGCAAAGGUAUGACUUGUGGUGAAUCCCAACCACAUCUGAAGUAUGUAUUCCUUGUGGAUGGUUUGAAGGCAAAUCUGAUCAGUGUCAGUCAGCUGUGUGAUGAGGGUUUGGAUGUCACUUUACCUAAGAAGGACUGCAGAGCAGUGGAUCAACAAGGGUCUGUAAAACUUCGGGGAAGACGGUCUGGCAAUAACUGCUACAUGUGGAACUCAGAAAACCAAUGCUUCAAUGCAUCUGCUAAGUUGGACACUGAUCUGUAG